GUUUAUGGAGGAUUUCAGCGCCUUUAUGAAGCCAUUUUGCGUAUAUUUUAUCAUGGCUGCCUGCACAAAGAUACUCAGGGAAAUGCUGACAUUUGGCCUUUUAUUGUUGGCCUGCGUGUUAUCAAUCCAGUCCUUGGGCCAAGUAGCGAAGCAACAACAGUUCCUAAACCUGGUGAUAAGUGGAUCCAUUCAUCAUUACAAAAUCUUCAACUAGCAGCUAAGAUAACAGCUCUCACAGCAGAUAGGGAACAUGUUGAAAAACAUUAUCAUCGUUGGGCUUUAUUCAGGUCCCAUCCUCACAUUACCGCUGUUAAAACAUGCCUGAAGGCGCUGGAAGAAAAUUCGCAAGAUGGAUUGGCAAACAUAGACCCCAAACUGCUUGUUGGAGACUAUUACCCCCCUCCUGGAGUUCCUCAGGUUUUUGGCCCACCAGAUGCAGCUGACAGGUUGUUGAAACUUAAAUCUCAGUUGUAUGAUCCAGCUAUCAGUAAAUUAUCAGCUCUGGAUCGUACAACAUCAUUGCCCACCACGCCUUUGUCGGACAAGGACUGGAUACCAGCUUGGCCUUACACAAACCUAGGUAAAGGAUCAAAAACUUCAGAAAUCCAAACUUUUCAGAGGUCUUCAAGUCAGGAUAGUUCAGAGCCAAAGAAAAUUUCAGUUGAGUCAAGUGAAAGUAUUUUCAGGAGUUCCUGUCAUCCUCCUGUAAGAAGGGGGAAGUCUGAAGCAUCUCUUCAAGGCUUACGAAAAGAUGCGGUGAACCCUAUUAGGAGACCUUUUGGUGUGUUGGGUGUCGGUGAACAAAGUGAUAACGAUUCCUUUAUGUGCCGAGAAAGCCCUGAUGGUAGCUCCGGCAGCUCUGACUGGCCUGUAACAAGUCCGGUUAGUCAGGCAGUGCCAUUCAUAAAGAAGGAUUCUCCGCAGUUAUCCAGUUCGUCAAGCUCUCCCAUUGCCCGGUUGGUCAAGGGAGAGCUGCUCAGUAGAAGUGAGACUGGAACUAGACCCAAAGAAUUCUUCAGCACUCCAAUGAUGAAACAUCUUCAAGUUUCUCCUCAUCAUCUUGAUGUAAGUGAUAGCAGUGAACCAGGCAGUAGUAUCUCUCCAAGUCUUCUGCAGGUGAAUUAUGGUGGGAAAUAUACACCCAGUGAUGGGGAUGCAAGUUCACCUCAUGGUUCAAGUGGAACUUGUUCCUUGGACGCCAGGACUCCGCAGUUACGUCGACGUGCUAGUGGAGGAAGAACGGGGUCCAUCCAUGCCGAUAGUGACCUGGACAGUGAAGAGACAGUGGAUGGCGGUGCUGUUCAGGGAUCUAGGCGACGAAAGCGGUCUUCCAUUUCUCAGCACCGUUCCGGUGUGUCUGUCAAACAUCUUGUUGAUAGUCGAGGUGUGCUUGGCAGUGAAGUAGACAAGUCUUGCACUUCAAAGAAUCAUGUAAAGAAUCUCAUGACAAACCAAAGUAAUACUGACAGUGAUGUGAGAGACUCAUACAUAGAAGGAGGAAAUAAAGUGUCUGUAGAGACUACAGUUGCACCAGAUCAUCUAGCAGUUUCAACACAGCUCACAAAAGAGAUUAUUUCAAAGCCUGUAAAAUCAGAGAAUAUAUCCUCUCCUGUGAAAGUUGUUGUCAAUGAUAUUACUGGUAGUUUGGCAUCCAGCGCCCCAGGAACUGGGGUAAAGUCAUCGGAGUCAUCAAGUGACACGGCAAAGUCAAAAAAGAAAACGCAUUCCAGGUCUCGGUCAGAUGGUUCUCAAGAAAUUUCGACCAAGUUGAAAAUAGCCACGUCAAAUACAGCCCCUACCUUAGAAACGGGUAUGAAGUUAGGGGAAGAAGUGACUUUUACGUCACAGAUUCGCAAACGUUUUAUGGAUGAUGGAGGACAUAGCAUUACGCCUGCAGCUGAUUAUGGUGUAUCUCCCCGACCACAGCCUGGCCAAUCUCUCAUUGGCUUUUUGUCUUCUAAGGAUAAACCCUAUGCUGAGUUGGAUCGAGAGAAUGCCCACUUUAAUAUUUCGGAGGCUGUUAUAGCUGCACUUACACAGAUGCAGUUUGAUGUGUGGCAAGGGAAGACAGAAACUAAUCCCUGUGCUGAUGAAGAGAGUGAUGAAGAGAUCCGCAUCCUAGAGGCUAGAAUUCAGGAGAAACGACGUCUCAAACAAGCUGGUACAAGUAUAUCGAAUGUUAAAUCUGUGAGUGUCACUGCUGAUAAGACUACAACCCCUCACCAGUGGGUGCGGAGUCAGAUUCUUAAAGCUGAAAGCACAACUGAUUAUAGCAUGUAUGAAUCUCCACAAAGCUCAACCUACAACAGUGAAUCUGAUCUUUUGUCUGAAUUGGAAGAGGAGGACUCUGAAAAUCUCGCUUCUAAAGGAAGUACACCUGUGUGCAUUUCAAGAAAGACUUCGUCUAGUGAUCCCCCGCCAGUUAUGGGAGACCACCUCUCUGCUGAAGGAGUUGCCAUUAAUCUGUUGAAACGAUUUAGUGAGCAGAAGUUACCUAAGGCCUCCGAGUUGGAUUGGCUAGUGUCAGAGCAAGAUGUUCCACAGAAGCUUCUGCCACUCCCAACCAGUGUAGCAGUGAGUCCAGAUGAUGCAGGCACGGAUAAAAACUCAGCGAUGCAGUUGCAGCUUAGGGGUACUUUUGACUGGGCGCCUCCUCGUCCUCAGCUCAUACUUACCCUGCACACUAAUACUAAGCGUUCUGUCCUCAUGGGAAUCCAGAGAUGGAGGUGCGCGGGUUGUGGGAUGCGCGUGUCGGAAAGUCUGAGUCGACAUUUUCGACUGUGUAAUUACUUGGGCCGCUACUUCUGUACCACAUGCCAUCGAAAUCAGACAGCUAUGAUACCUGCAAAAGUGCUUCAUAAAUGGGAUUUUAGAUUAUACGUCGUUGCAAGCUUUUCUUUUGAACUUCUAGAACGAAUGAAAAUAGACCCCUUGAUCAAUGUUGGAGCAUUAAACCCUCGCCUAUAUAAAAAAUGUAGGCAUUUACAUCAGACCCACAUAUAUCGAUUGCAGCUUUACCAUACACUGCCGUACAUAAAUACUUGCAGUCGUGCUUGUAGUGAAAAAAUGACCCUGGGAAAGUUACCGAUCCACUGGGCGAGUGAUCCCCAUGUUUAUUCUCUAGAGGACCUUGACUGUAUUAGAGCUGGCCAACUUGUCAACAGUAUUAAAGAGGUUACAUCUCUUUGUAUUAGUCAUAUUUCAAAAUGCGAGGUCUGCCUAGGACGUGGGUUUAUAUGCGAAAUUUGCUGUCGUGGAGAAGCUAUCUUCCCGUUCCAGUUAGACUCGACAGCACUGUGCGAAAUCUGCAGUGCCUGCUUUCAUUCCGGGUGUUUCUCGCCAAAUCGUUGCCCACGAUGCAUCCGCAGAGAAUCGAGAAGGUUGUCUCACGAGAUGCCGACUGGCGAGGACGUUUUUGGUGAGGAAUCCUGACCUCGCUUAUAAGCUAAAUCUGUGAACAUAUUCCAUGAACUUUGCCAUAGAUAGUCAAGCUUGUUUCUCCCCCUUCCUGUACAAUAUUGUUUAAGGUUUUUAGAAAUUUCUACCAAAGAAUUGUUAUAAACUGUUGUUAAUUCCGAGAUUCGAAACUACAGGUGCUUUCAUUACACUGUAUGUGAUGGGAAUGGAAUAAUACUAAUAGAAAUGUUUUAUGAAAAAACUAAUUUUAAUUCUUGUUAAUCUUAUUUAGAUUUGAAGAAUAAGAAAUUAUAUACAAUCCUAAUAUUGUGAUAACAUUUAUGGGUAUUAUGUAUUUUCUUAACAUAUGCAUUUGAAGUAACAAUGUAACAAUGAUGCUGUAAAGGAUGGCAUCUGUGGUUUUUGCUGUUGAAAGUUCAACUUCAGAGCUAUAUUUAUUUAUUGAAGGAUCACACUUAUUUGCCAAAUAUAUGUAUAUCGAAUUUUAAUAAAGACUUUCAGUCCUUUUUC